ACGUGCAGUACGCUGUUGCUCUCGAUGGAAGGAACAACUAACGGUACGGUGUGAGUCGACACGGAAUCUCCACGGCUAAAAAUUGUCAAUGUUGUACAAUAUUCGUUUCGCGGGCCACUACGAAACCGUAACACGUGCCUCGAUCGAUGAAACAUAUCAAAUAAUUGAAACGUGUAUACAGCACGUGUCGUCUGUAGUAGCGUGUCUUCGUUAUAAAUCCUUGUAAACAAAAUACAGAUGCAACCCGAGCGAGAAGGUGAUCGCAACGUAAAUAGCCAAUGUCGAUAGCGAUUUAAGUGAUUGUUACUGACGCGAAGAUUCGUUCGCGAGAAUUUCGACGAUUCUCGAGUUUCUUUCGAAGCGAUCGUUCUUGGAACGGUUGUACGAUUGCUCCGUGCUUGAUUUCCUGGAAGAUCGGCUGGAAAAGUGCCCGAAGAAUGUACGUAUCGUCUUCGAAGUAGUUUCCCGCAAAGAAUCGAGAAGUGAACGGGUCCAAGUGGGAUCGCAAACAGUGUACGUACGUUUUUCUCUCUUCUCGGAAGAAUAAACGUGUAAUUGUAAUGCAAUUGAUCGUGGGCUGCUGUAACUGGUUGGAGUAUCGGUGAAAUCGUGGUCGGAUCGUGACAUCGCCAGUGACAAAUUGUGCAUCGGUCGUUCGUGGAGUUUUAACACCUGCCAUUUUUCCUACGUCUUUCUCCUAAAGGCAUUAUACAUAUACGAUAUACGUGCACGUACGCGUAAGCGGCUCUCUUCGCCAAACGGUUGCGAAUAGGGAAAAAGUGGAACAUUCUACUUUCACGUUUGUCGAAGAUUUGAUUUCGCUACGCGAUCGAAGUCGAAGGUGACGAAACUCGAGACAAAGAAGCGCGUGCAAAAGUUUUUGAAAUUUAACCGUGAAAGUGGACGGAUGGAGAGCAACGCGAGGAUGCUUCGAUUAUUUCUGAUCGUUGUUCUGACUGUUUCCAUGUUUGUUGACAGAGCGUGUCCAGUACCGCUAACAGGACAAAGCAACACUACAGGGGUCGUUCCGAGCACGAAGAAUGCUGCGACUGCUGCUUCGAAUGCCGAUAACAAUGAUACUGUUGUGCCUGCGGACAAACCCGUGGAAAACAAAAAGGCGGAAUCAAGUAAUAAUGCAAGUACCAAGGAGAAUUGUAAUUCUGCGAAGGAACCAGUGGACAUGCUUAAUUGCCAUGUCACGCCGCACGACAACGACGAUUUAAUAGAAAGUAACUCAUCGUCAAUGACGACAGCGACGACAACUAUCGUAAGCAACACAACCAAAGCGAGUGACACGGAAUCUCAGAAACAGAAAGUACCAUCUGACAAGAACGGAACAUCUGACAAGAACAAGGAGGAAAUUGGCAUAGUUCCGAUAAAUCCCAUAGAAACUACGCACGAAACAACUUACGAGGUUGUAUCUACAGAAACUAGUCACCCUGUAAAUGCUAACGUCGCAGGCAACGAUUCGAAAGUCGAUAUGAAUCGUACCGAUGUAUCGAUUAGCUCUGUAGCACCGUUGGUCGUAGCCAGUACUUCGAAUGUAGAGCCUGAAGUCGUCGAAGGCGUAAAGUCGUCUGAUCGGAGCCGUAAGAGGAGUAUGCCAUCGGGAACCAUAGCGCUGGUUACCGCGAUAAGUUUUGCAAUAGUAAUUGCGAUAGCGUACGUUGGAAUGAUUGUUUGGAGGCGGUAUAUCGAAUAUAGGUACGGACAUCGAGAGUUACUUGUCAACGAGUUAGAAUUCGAUACUAACGACCUGCGUCAUUUCGAGCUAUGAUUCUGCCAAGAGCGGAAAGCUGCAGAGAAGCGAGACAUAAUUGAAUGACUCACAGCUCAGGCUGGUACCAUGUAACUAUUAAAGAUUCAUUGAUCUGUGAUACUAAAGACAUGCAUUGCGUCUGACAGUCAACAAACCAAAUAUAUUUGGAUAAUAUUAUACAUUUCUUAUGAUGUAAUUGUUUUAUAUGUAUACAACCCAAUUUUUUCAACAAGUCGAUCGUUCAUUCCUCCUUCUGUAGAAUUUAAAAUAGCGUUACCUCGUGUUAUAUAUAUAUAUAUUUUUUUUCGUAAUGAUUAUAACGUGCAGAUCGUUGAAUAAAUUACAUAGUGCUGAGAGUAGUAAUAAAAAUUCUUUAAAUGUGUAUGGAUGCUAAUAGGUAUGCGUAUCGGUUUCCUUUAAAUAAUUCGCAAACAAUAUUCCGUACUGAUUUGUAGUGUUCAGAACUGUUGCGAGAUCGUAUACUAUGAAUUGAAUUUUUGUAAUCUAGUAUUUUUGUUUUACAUUGCGUGUGAUAAACAUGUAAAUAACUUUAGUUAAAUAAACAAGUGUAUUAUUUUUUUA